AUGCCCCACAGAGUCGCCAACUUCCUGCGCAACUCAACUGAGAACUUCAGUGUUUCCGCGCUCAAGACCAUCCGCAACCAAUCGACACACCACCACCACCACCACAACAACAACAACCACAAGACAUCAAACGUCCAAGACCAGGGCUUGCUGCGCAGGCUGCCCCUCGACCGCCACUCCUCCUACUCGUCCGAUGACGGCGAGCACAUCCCCUACAACAAGAUGUUCGCCGCGGAGCCGCCGGUAGAAAACCUCAAGGAGAAGAAGCACCACCACCACCGCCUCUCGCUGCCCUUCGGUCGUUCCGGCAAGGACUCCCACGAGAACCCCCACGCGAAGCUGGACUGGAAGAUCGAGAGCCCGCCCAUCGUCUUCUUCGGCGACGCGGAAUCCUCCACCGGCGCCCUCGUCUCGGGACAGAUGUUCCUCGACGUCAAGGACGAGCAGCUCGAGGUCGAGGCCUUCGAGGCCAAGCUCAACAUCCACGUCCAGCAGAAGCGCCCCUUCACCAACCACUGCAACGAGUGCCAGAACCAGUACACCGAGCUCAAGCGCUGGACCUUCCUCGCCCACCCGACGACCCUGAAGAAGGGCCUCCACCCCUUCCCCUUCUCCAUCCUCCUCGAGGGCCACCUCCCCGCGUCCAUGGACACCCCGAUCACCUCCAUCGCCUACGAGUUCAAGGCCGAGGCCGUCCUCGUCAAGGGCACGCCCGGCUCCCAGACGCCCAUCAAGUUCGAGCAGAACUUCGACGUCAAGCGCUCCCUCAACCAGCCCGAGUUCCCCCACCACUCGGUCCGCGUCUUCCCCCCGACCAACAUCAAGGCGAGCGCCCACUACAACCAGGUCAUCCACCCGGCCGGCACCCACAACGUCUCGUUCCGCCUCGACGGCCUCACCACCGCCAACCCGUCCAACAAGACGGUCGAGUUCUGGAAGCUCAAGAAGGUCACCUGGAAGCUCGAGGAGACCAUCAAGACCGUCGCCCCCUCGUGCGAGAAGCACGCCCCCGCCGCCGGCGCCCAGGCCGCCAACCAGAAGGGCGUCCCCCGCACCGAGACCCGCGUCCUCGGCGAGAAGUACAUGCACGACGGCUGGAAGUCGGACUACAACAGCACCGACGGCCACGUCGAGUUCGAGUUCGACUACGGCGUCCUCGCCGGAAGCUCCUCCUCCAAGCACGGCCACCACCACGCGCCACGCUACGCCUGCGACAUGAAGUCCCACGACGGCACCGAGGUCUCCCACGCCCUCAUGAUCGAGAUGGUCGUCUCCAAGGAGUGGGCGCCCAUCGGCAAGCCCCACCUCGCCACCCAGACCGGCACCGGUCGCAUCCUCCGCAUGCACUACCACGUGAUGCUCACCGAGUGCCCCGGCCUCGGCGUCAGCUGGGACAACGAGGCGCCCCCCGUCUACCAGGACGUUCCCCCGUCCCCGCCCGCCUACCCCGACCAGCAGCGGCAGCUCCAGCUCGAGGCGCCGCCCGUCGAAUACGAGAGUCUCGAGCCCCUGGACGGGCAGACGCACAGCACCGAGGGUUCCGUCACCUCAUGA